CCGCAGCUGGAAUCGCGAGCUCAUUGUCUGCGCUUGAGGAAAGGAGAGGUGACUGAUCAGGGUGGGCGCAAAGGACAGAGUACUGGGAAAGAACAUCUAUAGUUUAUCCUCAAUGGCAUACGUUGAGAGUAGAAAAAAAUACGUAAAGUAAUCAUUUGGCUUUAAGGAAAAUCAAUGGUACAGAAAAGUACUAUGUCCAGGACGCCUUCUACUUCGACCCAGGAGAUCCAAAUGGACAUUUUUGAUAAUCCUACUUCACAGGGCAAGUACGCCAAGCGGAAGAGCCGCUUCAAACGCUCCGACGGCAGCACCUCCUCCGACACCACCUCCAACAGCUUCGUCCGGCAGGGCUCUGCGGACUCCUACACCAGCCGGCCGUCUGACUCAGACGUGUCCCUGGAGGAAGACCACGAGGCGCUGAGGAAGGAGGCGGACAGACAGGCCCUCGCCACGCUCGAGAAGGCCAAGACCAAGCCAGUGGCCUUCGCUGUGAGGACUAACGUGGGCUACAACUCGGGCCCCAGCGAUGACGUCCCGGUGCAGGGCAUGGCCAUCUCCUUCGAGGCCAAAGACUUCCUGCACAUCAAAGAGAAGUACAAUAACGACUGGUGGAUCGGGCGUCUGGUGAAGGAGGGCUGUGAGGUGGGCUUCAUCCCCAGCCCCGUGAAGCUGGAGAACACUCGCCUGCAGCAGGAGCAGAGGAUGAGACAGAGCCGGCUCAGCUCCAGUAAAUCAGGAGGAAACUCCAGCUCCAGCCUGGGGGACGUUGCCACGGGAACACGUAGACCCACCCCACCUGGCACAGCUCCUAUGGAGAUGUCCACAGUGGCUUUUGACCUUGACCCCCUCGACCUGGAGGCGGAGGAGGCCGCAGAGCCCCCGGCAGACCCCCACUCCCCCAGGGCCAGCGCGGGCAGCGUCACGUCCCCCCAGGCUAACGCUCACCGCCUCCCUUUCUUUAAGAAGAUGGAGCAUGUCCCCCCCUACGACGUGGUGCCUUCCAUGAGACCCAUCAUCCUGGUGGGGCCUUCACUCAAGGGCUAUGAGGUCACUGACAUGAUGCAGAAGGCACUCUUCGAUUUUCUCAAACACAAAUUCGAGGGCAGGAUAUCCAUCACGCGGGUGACGGCGGACAUCUCCCUGGCCAAGCGCUCCGUCCUCAACAACCCCAGCAAGCACACCAUCAUCGAGCGCUCCAGCACCCGAUCCAGCCUGGACGUACUGGCCGAGGUUCAGAGCGAGAUCGAGCGCAUCUUCGAGCUGGCGCGCACCCUGCAGCUGGUGGCCCUGGACGCCGACACCAUCAACCACCCGUCCCAGCUGACGAAAACCUCGCUGGCCCCCAUCAUCGUCUACAUCAAGAUCGCCUCCCCCAAGGUUCUCCAGAGGCUCAUCAAGUCUCGGGGAAAGUCUCAGGCCAAGCACCUCAAUGUCCAGAUGGUGGCUGCUGAUAAACUGGCCCAGUGCCCCCCGGAGCUCUUUGACAUCAUACUGGAUGAGAACCAGCUGGAGGACGCCUGCGAGCACCUGGCCGACUACCUGGAGGCCUACUGGAAAGCCACCCACCCGCCCAGCAGCAACCCCCCCAACCCGCUGCUCAACCGCACCAUGGCGACGGCCGCCCUGGCCGCCUCCCCCGAGCCCGUCUCCAACCUGCAGGGGCCGUACCUGGCGCACGGGGAGCAGAAGCGGGACGGGCCGCUGUCGGAGCGCACCGGGCUCCAGGACUACCAGAGCGACCUGGACGGGAAGCAGCAGCAGCAGCAGCAGCUACAGCAGCAGCAGCAGCAGCAGCAGCAGGUCUACCUGCGAGCCUCGAGGGGCGGGUCCCGCGGGGGGCGGGGCCUCUCCCGCCAGGACACCUUCGACUCGGAGACGCAGGGCAGCCGGGACUCGGCCUACACGGAGGCGGGCGACUCCUGCAUGGACAUCGAGACGGACCCCUACGAGGAGCCCGAGCCCUACCGCGGCGGGGGCAGCCGCCUGCACCUGAGCCACGCCCACGGGCGCCAGGCGUCCUGGGAGGACGAGGGGGCGGAGCCGGACCAGGAGAACCUCAACCGCCCGCCCACGCAGGAGCAGCACGCCCGGACCAGGCAGAGAGAGAGGUACUGCCCGGACCCCGGCGACACUAGCUCCGCCCUGGGCCGCAACAAGAACCAGGAGGACUGGGGGAACGUCUACAUCCGCUGAACGCGCCGUCGGCUGAGAGGCUAACUGACAGACAAAGAGUGUGUGUGUAUGUGUGUAUGUGUGUGUGUGUGUGUGUGUCUGGGUUGGUGAAGUUUAGUUUACGGUGGAAGUGUGGCUUAAA